UCUGUGCGCGCCGACUCCUCCCUCAGGGGCGGAGUCAAGCGGGGCCUAACAUGGCGGCCAGCCGCUACCGGAGGUUUCUUAAGCUGUGUGAGGAAUGGCCAGUGGACGAGACCAAACGGGGCCGGGACUUGGGCGCUUAUCUGCGGCAGCGGGUAGCGCAGGCCUUUCGGGAGGGAGAGAACACCCAGGUUGCAGAGCCUGAGGCCUGUGAUGAGAUGUACGAGAGCUUGGCACGGCUCCAUUCAAACUACUACAAACACAAGUACCCUCGCCCCAGAGACACAAGCUUCAGCGGCCUGUCCCUGGAAGAGUACAAGCUGAUCCUGUCCACAGAUACGUUGGAUGAGUUUAAGGAGAUGAAUAAAGGCACGUGGAAGAAGCUGCAGGAGAAGUUCGCCCCCGGGAGCCCCGAGGGGAAGCACACAGCCUGGGCGCGGGCCCUGCCGCGCCCGCGCACCUAAGCGUGGGGUCUGUAUGUUGCCACCGUCAAUAAACGCCCUGAUUUCCCCAUC